AUGAGUAAACCUUUUAUGGUUAAUCAUUUAUCCGGCAGUAAAGAAGGAGGAUUUUUAACAUUAUGUGUUUUAGUAAUGAACAUGCAAGCGUAUGUUGAUUCAUUACUUUUUUUUCUAAGCCUUUCAAACUACAGUAAAAAUAGAUCGGUAAUAAUUAAUCCCAAACCCAUUAAUUUGGUUAGUAAAGUUGAAUCACCUCUUUAUGACGAAAGUAUUGGAACCCCUGAAGAGAGCGUUCGUCGUAAAGAGGGAAAUGCACGAAAAAAGAAAAUCAAAGGACUGGAAAAGAGUGGUGGUCUUAAUCCAUUUAAAAAUCAACAUAAUAAUCUUAACGAUGAUUUUUCCAAUGAAGCACCGAGAUCAAGUGAAAAAAUUAUAUCUGUCGCAAAUGAACCCAUAAAAACGAUUUCUUCCAAUAAACAACAACAUAAAGAAGGAGUACAUAGACGUAAGGGUUUUGAUCUGAAUUUAGAAGUUGCAACAUUAAGGCGUAAGGCUCUAGUCGAACCUAAAGGCAUCUGA